CAAGUUAAGAUUAAGAUUUCAUAUCGACCUUCACAUAUCCAUGGCAACAUCUCUCAGCUCACACAUUUCUAAUUUUUUUUCUUCGACCGUCGCCACUACUGCCACUACCACCACUUUCGCAGCUUGUUCAAACUCGUCCCUUUCUUAUUUUAAACAUUCAAAAACCCGACCCCAUAAAAAUACCUCAAUCCUAUGCUCCCAUAAUCUAAACUACAUCCCAAACUAUAUUCAAGACCCAAACCAUAUUCGCAUUUUUGAUACCACUUUACGUGAUGGGGAACAAGCGCCUGGCGCCUCAAUGUCCCAAAAGCAAAAGCUAGCUAUUGCAAGUCAACUUGCAAUACUAGGUGUUGACAUAAUUGAGGCAGGCUUUCCCGCGUCCAACAAAGCCGAUCAAGAAACCGUUGAAUUGAUUGCACGUGAAGUUGGAAAUUAUAGUUAUGAUGGUCGCGUACCAGUCAUUUCCGGGCUUGCAAGGUGCACUAGGAACGAUAUUGAUAAAGCAUGGGAAGCCUUGAAAUAUGCCAAGUUCCCAAGAAUACAUAUUUUUCUAGCAACAAGUGAAAUACAUAUGCGGUAUAAGCUAAAGAUGUCGAAAGAACAAGUUAUUGAAAAUGCUAGGAAGAUGGUUGCAUAUGCUCGGAGUUUGGGUUGUAAUGAUGUUCAAUUUAGCCCUGAAGAUGCAGGAAGAUCGGAGAGACAAUUUCUCUAUGAGGUCUUGAGUGAGGCCAUCAAAGCAGGUGCGACGACUCUUUGCAUUCCAGAUACGGUUGGCUAUAAUUGGCCUCGUGAGUUCGGGCAACUAAUUACUGACAUAAAAGCUAACACCCUUGGUGUUGAGAAUGUCAUCAUUGCUACUCACUGCCAUAAUGAUCUUGGACUUGCUACUGCAAAUACUUUGGAGGGGGCUUAUUCGGGUGCAAGGCAGUUGGAAGUAACGAUAAACGGAAUUGGAGAAAGAGCUGGCAAUGCUUCUUUAGAAGAGGUGGUAAUGAGUAUAAAAAGCAAAGGAGAAUUAUUGGGUGGCCUAUAUACAAAUAUUAAUACAAAACAUAUAGUCAAGACUAGCAAGAUGGUUGAAGAGUAUAGUGGAAUGCGGGUUCAACCACAUAAGCCGAUUGUUGGUGAUAAUGCUUUUGCUCAUGAAAGUGGAAUCCAUCAAGAUGGUGUCCUAAAGAACAAAACCACAUAUGAAAUCAUGUCUCCAGAAGAUAUCGGGCUUCACCGAACUAAUGAAUGUGGACUUACCCUUGGAAAACUUAGUGGACGACAUGCUUUGAAAGCUAAACUUUUUGAGCUUGGUUACAACUAUGAUGGAAAGGAACUUAAUGACCUUUUUUGGCGCUUUAAAUCUGUGGCUGAAAUGAAAAAGGUUAUAACCGAUGAUGAUCUUAUAGCAUUGAUAUCAAACUAACUAUGUUGUCUUCCACAAGCAAGUGUGUACUGUAAUCCGAGUUAUCAAUAUAUAUGAGUGAUUUAUUAUUAUUUUUAAUAUAUGUAAGAGAGCUGUUAUAGCAAAAUCUAUAUGUAUAUCGAAUUGUUCA